UCUCAUGAUACGACAUGCCUGCGUUACAUUCCGUACACGUAAGGUUUACCAAGUGAUUGUUUUUCCCAAAAUAGCCCACGCUGAAGAUAUGUGGAUAUAUUUAAGCUCUUUGGGUAUCUAACUCUCCAUAUGAGCUUCAAAACUCCGAGGUACUGCACACUAUCUUCUGCUACUAAAAUCAAAUGGAUUUCCGUCACAAAAGGGAACAUCUUUCCUUCUCCAUCGAGAACAUUCUACAGGACGACUUUUCCCACAGAGUGGGAGAUAAUAAUGUAAAAAUUUCGCCACUUAGGUCAACUUUUGCGAAGCGCUUGGCUAGUGCACCCUACCAAUUGUAUGGAAUCCAUUAUUUCAGACCGAUGAUUGUUAGCUAUUUGCCCGUCGUUCAUAGAGUAGAUGCACGAUUUUUGCGGGUUGACGAGGAAAACGAACAGAAAAUAGUGGAUCAGAAUCCCGCUAAUAACGACAAUUUUUCAGGUUAUGAAGACGAAUCUACGCUAGAAAAUAAUGAAGACGCCAAAACAGACGAGAAAGGCGAUGAAAAACCCAUGCUGUUAGAAAUGGACAACAGCGAGGACUUGACCCCGAAAAGAAGGCAGAAACAUCGGAGUCAUUUCACUCAACAUCAGGUCCAACAUCUCGAUAAAUUAUUUUCCCGCCAAAAAUACCUAACACGCGACGAACGCACACUGUUGGCGAGACGCCUGGAAAUGACAGAACUUCAAAUUAGAAACUGGUUUCAGAACCGCAGAUAUUUGGAAAGGAAAAGAACUAACGAAUGCACGAAUCAAGUCAAAGCAAAUGAACCUUGGAAAUGAGCUAUUGAAACGAGAAUAUUAUU